AUCAUGUUAUUCGAACUCGCCCUCAAACUCAUGCCAGCUCUGGGUAUUGUCUAUCUGUUCACGUCUACCAUAUGGUACCUCUACCUCCACCCCCUCCACCACAUCCCCGGUCCAAAAUCAUGGAUAAUCUUCCCUAUCCUCCGCCAAUUAUCCGGCAUCCGCGGCAGAUUCGACAUCGACAUGCGCCGCUUCCAUAAACAAUACGGCACGGUAGUCCGAUUCGGCCGAGCAGAAGUAUCUUUCAUCACGCCCGAGGCAUGGAAGGAUAUAUACGGACAUGGCCAUGCGCAAUUACCAAAGGUAUUGACGUCUGUCAGUAUUACGUCUGAUAUCAUCAGUUCGAACGAUGCGGAUCAUAGUCGCUACCGAAAGGCGCUUUCGCAUGCGUUUUCCGCGAAGGGGUUGCAGGCGCAGGAGCCGCUUGUUAAUGGGUAUGUGGAUAAAUUGAUCGAGAGGUUAAAGGGUGUUGCGGAGUCGGGGGUACCGGUUGAUAUGGUGAAGUGGUAUAAUCUGACGACGUUCGAUGUGAUCGGGGAUCUUGCGUUCGGGGAGCCGUUCGGGGGACUGGAGAGGGCUGAGUACCACCACUGGGUGACGAUGGUUUUUGGGUUUGUCAAGGUUACCCCAUUUGUGAGGCUUAAGGAUGCAUAUCCGGUUGUGUUCAAGAUGCUAAAAGCGUUCCUGUUGCCGAGGGGUUUGAUGGCCGCGAGACAGAGACAGGUCGAGCAUGCAAAGAGCACUGUUGCGAAGAGGUUGCAGAAUGCCGAUGCGUACCAUCGGGGGGACUUUAUGGAUUCGAUGCUGCGACAUGCUGGGGAGAAGGAUGGGUUGUCUGUUAAGGAGCUUGAGGGGAAUGCGAAUAUUCUGAUUAUCGCGGGGAGUGAGACGACUGCGACUUUGCUUUCUGGGGUGACGUACUGGCUGCUUAGGACGCCUGAUGUUAUGAAGAAGGUUAUGGAUGAGGUGAGGAAUAUGAUGCAGUCGGAGGCUGAGAUUACUUCGAAUAAUGUUGCUACAAGGCUUCCUUAUAUGCUUGCUUGUCUUGAGGAGGCGCUUCGGAUGUAUCCUCCUGUUCCGACGGGGUUGCAGCGAAGGACUUUGGCGCCUGUUCGGAUUUCAGGAUAUGAUAUUGCACCUGGUACAUCAGUGUCCGUCCACCAAUCCGCAGCCUAUGCCUCCCCGAUCAAUUUCCACCGCCCGGAGCAAUUCAUCCCCGAACGCUGGCUCCCAGAAGCCAAAAAUAACCCAUCCUCGCCAUUUUUCUCAGACAGACGUGACGUCCUUCAGCCAUUCUCGGCAGGCCCGCGGAAUUGUAUCGGGAGGAAUCUGGCGUUUGCGGAGAUGCGACUUAUCCUUGCAAGAGUGCUUUGGAAUUUUGAUUUUGAGCUCUGCGGUGAAAGUGCAAACUGGGUAGAGCAGAAAAGUUAUACAUUGUGGGAGAAACCGGCCUUGAUGUGUCGGUUGAAGACGCGGAUAUGAAGACUAGCCGAGGAUUGUUUCGGUGAUGUAAAUCGGUGAUGUAAAGAUCGACGACGGUAGAUAGGCUCAAUUC